GGUGCAUAGCUAUUGGAUAGAUUUUUCUGGCUAUUUCCUACGGUUUUUGUACGUUAAUGGGUGACGGUUUUUGUACGUUAAUGGGUGACAGCAGGACUUGCUUGGAUUGGAUAGAUUUUUCUGACUACUACCUGCGGUUUUUGUACGUUAAUGGGUGACAGCAGGACUUGCUUGAAUUGUCAAGCACGGGCGAAUUAAGUCACCCUCACGUGUCGCGAGCUGUUUCCGUGAGUUACACGUGGCGCAUCGUAUACCACUUAUAUGCCUCUUAUACUACGGCAAUUGUACCGAGUUGAGACCGAGUCGCGCUAAGAACUUGGUUAAAAGCCACAGAGCAAGCGGAAGCAAGGCAGAAGGGGAGAGACUGGAGAUGUCGAGCGAAAAGAGGGUAUGCGUGACGGGAGGCAGCGGGUUCAUCGGAUCAUGGGUGAUCCGCCUCCUCCUCGAACGUGGCUACACCGUUCGUGCUACCGUCAAAGAUUUGAAUGACGAAGGCGAGACGAAGCACUUGCUCGGCCUCGACGGGGCCUCGCAACGGCUUCGCCUCUUCCAGAUGGAUCUGCUUGACUACACCUCCAUCCUGGCGGCAGUCCAAGGCACUACUGGCGUCUUCCACCUUGCUUUCCCCAUCGUGUUCGGCCCCGUCCAAGAUCCUCAGAGGGAGCAACUAGAUCCUGCGGAGAAGGGGACACUCAACGUGCUCCGCGCGGCACGGGCGUGCAAGGUGAGGCGAGUGGUUGUGACAUCGUCAACGGCAGCCAUCUUACCCAACCCGAGCUGGCCCGCCGGUGUGGUCUACGACGAGGACUCAUGGACCGACAUCGACUACUGCAAGAAGCUCGAGUUCUGGUAUCCGGCUUCGAAAACUUUGGCGGAGAGAGCAGCAUGGGAGUUCGCCGCAAAAGAGGGUUUGGAUGUGGUGGUGAUCAAUCCCGGGAUGGUGUUGGGUCCCAUGCUUCACCCAGCUAUUGGUGUCUGCGCAACCAUUUUGCUCCACCUUAUCCAGGGUAGAGAUGUAGGAGGGAUACUGAACUCGUACAUGGGAUGUGUUGAUGUGAGAGACGUGGCACUGGCUCACAUACUGUUAUAUGAGAAGCCAUCGGCACGGGGACGGCAUCUAUGUGUGGAGGCUGUAACCCGUUGGUGCGACCUUGUAGCUAAGGUCGCCGAGCUCUACCCAGAAUUCCAAAUUCCAAGGCAUUCAGAGGACAAACAACCUUGGUUGGUUAGGGCAGAGAGUCCAUCAAAGAAGUUGAUGGAACUGGGUCUUCAUUUCAGAUCCAUGGGACAAGUGAUCAAGGAUACUGUGGACGGUUUGAGGAGCAAAGGCUAUCUCCAGUGACAUGAACUACUUUAUUGUUGGAUAUCAUGUGGAUGUUGUUUUGUUAAUAAUCUGAAGAUUAUAUGAUUUGGGAAGACUAAAAUCUGCUAGUAUAGUUUAUAUACCUUUUGUACUGGAUUUCUGGCGGCUAUUUGUUGUCUCUGCUUAUGAAGGAUGACUGCUUUAUGAAGAUGCUUGCAAGAUUUUCUAUU